AUGCCUGCUACUCCUUCCAGCGAAACUUCGUCCAUAUAUUUUGACGCCCCGCUCAUCCCGUUCAAUAUGUCUGCCGCGCCUCAAGAAUUCAUCCAGGGCGAGGGAGCCGAUGAGCAGCCUAUCACUACAGGCAAAGGCGGCAAGGCACUUCAUCCAAAUGGUUCAGAAGGAUGGCUCCCAGCUGCAGAAUUACCCCCAGAACACGUCUCGCCUACUCAUACCGGACCCAUUCUACGCAACGCAGAGGAUGCACCGUCCAUCGGCACCUCUACAUCGUCAGUUCCCAAGAACACGCUCAACCGAGGCGCUUCAGUAAAUCGCACUGCCUCAGUCUCGAAACGGAGCGUGUUCACCAAUGCCGAUGGAAAUCCUAUAGCCGGGUCUGCCUUUAUCGGCGGCGCAGCAACGACUGGCCCAAACGCCAAAGCGGAACCAGACGAAAGCUUGUAUUACAGAGCUGCCGAAGCCGAUGCAUCGUUAUCUGCAAAGCAGUUAUCCAAAAUCCAAAAGACAGAAGCCAAAGACAGUAAACGUCUGUCUAAGAUCAUCAAAGCAGAAGGAAAGGUGGAGAAACGAGCUUUGGGAGUUGCCAUUCAGGAGUUAUCCGAGCUCCAGAACGUACAGAAAGCCGCCGUAAAGCGCGAGUCACAAGCCCACACUGCCCAUGCUCGAGCCCUUGCCGCACUCCAGAAGAACGAAGCUGCCUUCCUUGCGGCACGCACCAAGUACGAGAUAGCCCAAGCCCAGCUCCACGCAGAGGCGGAGACCCUCGAGAUUAGCAGAAACAACGCCCGUGAGGCUACUGAGCACAUGCAAGAAAAGUCACAGGAGGUCGACGGUUUGAGAACCAUGUUCGGUAUAGAUGAGAGAGAACGCGAGGUGAAGCUUGUUGAAUUGACUCCAAAAAAGUCUAAGCAUGCUUGGAAGUGGUGA